CCCCCAUCUUUGUUUGACUAUCUCUUAUCCGUACUUACCAAAUUCAACUACUACCACACAAGAUGAUAUCAAUUGACGAGCUAACUAUAGAUCAAGUGCAUUCCGCUUAUAAACAAGGAUCGCAUACCUGCAGACAACUCGUUGAAGCAUACAUCGAACGCAUCAAAACUCUCGAUCAAGCUGGUCCAAAGCUGAACGCUAUCACUACAAUAUCUCCUUUUGCGCUCGAAGAAGCAGACUUUAUUGACACACAUUUCAAGGAACAUGGCAAAUUUAUCGGAUCCCUACAUGGAGUUCCGGUCAUCGUGAAAGAUCAAUGCGAUACGAAAGGAGUCGAGACGACUUAUGGUAACAUUUGUUGCAAGCAUAUUCCAUCCCAAGAUGCAACUCUUGUUCGAAAGUUGAGAGAUGCUGGAGCUGUUAUCCUGGCUAAAAGCACCAUGCCAGACUUUGCAGCAUCAUUCAACUCAGCAUCUUCAGUCAGUGGGGAGACUUUAAAUCCUUAUGAUACCACUCGGGAGACCGGUGGUUCAAGUGCAGGCACAGGUGCUGCAAUCGCUGCAAACUAUGGCUUGAUUGGUGUGGGCGAAGAUACUGGAGGAUCGAUCAGAGUUCCGGCAUCCUUCUGCAAUCUCGUCGGACUUCGUCCAACAGUUGGCCUGGUGUCAAGAUUCGGAUUGUCUCCACUAGUUAAAACACAGGAUACACCUGGUCCCAUGACAAGAACUGUCAAAGAUGCAGCUUUGAUGCUUGACGUUCUGGUUGGGUACGAUUCGAAAGAUACAUACACAGCUGCUGCCGCCAUCGCUGGGCCCCCGAGAGGAGGAAGCUAUGCUUCUAAUCUGUCCAAGUAUGUUCUAUCGAGAGCUCGUAUUGGAGUUCUCAAUGCUGUAUUUGGCGAAGGCGAAGAAUGUGCGCCAGUCAACCAAAUUAUUAGAGACACAUUGUCUAAGUUCACAGCUGGAACCACUUUGAUCGAUGUGGAUAUACCGAACCUGGACUACUACCUCAACUUCUCCUCGACAUACUUCUCCAGAUCACGAUACGAUAUCGACAACUUCCUCUCAGCACAUCCAAUCAUCAAAAAUGUCACAGUCGAAAGUAUCCACAAGUCGAAACAAUUCCACCAAGCGCUCCCACUAUUUGAUCGCAUUGGCACCGGUCCCAAGCAUCCAUAUGAAGACGCACACUACGCAGCAAGACUCGACGAACGUGACGAGUUCCAGCGUAUUGUCAUUGGAAUCAUGACUGAACAUAACCUCGACGCUAUUGCGUAUCCAAGUGUUCAGAUUCCAGCGCCGACAAUCAAAGAUGUUCUUGGCCCGCGAUUCAAGGAGAAUCCGUUUCUAACCAACACUACCAUUGGCAGCCAGUUGAGACAGCCUGCUAUCUCGGUUCCUGUGGGCUUCACGGAGCCAGGCCUCCCUGUGGGGUUGGAGCUUCUUGGAAUGCCGUAUUCGGAACAGAAAUUGUUGGAAUUGGCAUAUGGUGUGGAAGUAUUGACUAAGGCAAGAAGGGCUCCGAAAUUUGCGAGUUAGUAAUAAGUGUCUCCCAAUGAAUCUAGAAGAGGUUCUCAGGUACUCUGCGAGUGUGUAGUUUCUUCUAGUCAAUGUGGGAAAAUAUUUGCAAUUCUGGUUUCGAGCAAAGUCGCAAAGGAAAGUCAGACAUUGGGUGCAAGUGCAAGACUUGCAAGUGGAACCUUUAUUUGAAAUUUGGAGCCGAUUUAUCUACUUCGAGAUUCGUAGCUUUACAUAUCAGUGGUAGUCAAAUCCUCUGGUCUAAUGCUACUACUCCGCAAUAUGUUUUUGACUUUCAGAAGUUUACUGCCUGUCUAUUCUAGCUUUGUGCGUUCUACUUUGGUC